AUGGCGACUGCAAUCCAGCUAGACGGAACAUCCAUGACAAAAAUGAAGCCAGCCGCGGAGGUGCUGGUCGAUGGUUGCACUAGCCACGAGCAGGCAUUUUCUAUGCAGGAAAUGUUCGUGGACUGGUUCCCCAACGGUCUAAAGUUGAUGUUCAAGAUCAGGCCUCGAGCUCAGAAGCUUGAGGUCUCUGUGAAUGAAAAAACUUUGGUGUCGAAGAGCAUCUCCAAGCUCUUGGAGGAGGAUGUCACAGGACUUUGGCCAACAGACAAAGCGAAGAUCAAGGCUGAGAUUCGCGGCUGGCUUGAGGACUCGCCCAAAGAGCUUCUUCAAAAAGCCACGUUGCGUGACCCUUCUGUGAGAGAAAAGACGGGGAGCAGCUGGUUUGAGAUCAUCGGCUCCAUCACGGUCAUUUUGUCGAUCGGUGUUGGCAUAUACACGCUGACAUACCUCAUGGCACUAGGUCUGAAGUCAGGACCCAGGGAAGAGACUGAGCUUUUGGACAACUACGAGCUCUGA